CAGAAGAAGCCGUACUCGGCCGUCACGGUCACCAUCGAGACGCUCACAUCCGAGGCCUACGAAGAGGAAGACCUCAGCGGCAUCCCCGAUCUCGUCGAGGUCAUCACCCUCCAGGCCUCCGGCCCCACGGAGGCCGCCCGCGCCAUUCGAAAGAAGCUCAAGUACGGCAACGUGCACCGCCAGAUCCGCGCCCUGGUCCUGCUCGACGGCCUGAUCCAGAACGCCGGCCCGCGCUUCCAGCGCACGUUUGCCGACGAGCCCCUGCUGGAGCGGCUGCGCGUGUGCGGCACGUCCGACCUCUCGGACCCAGAGGUCAGGAAGAAGUGCAGGGAGCUGUUCAGCAGCUGGUCCCAGUAUGCGAACAAGCCCGGCUUGGAGAGGAUUGCCCGGUUGCACAAGGAGCUGCCGAAGCGCAAGGUUGGCGUCACGCAGGAGAGAUCGCGCGUGCUCAAGGAAACAGAGAACCCCUUUGGCGACGACGAAGAUGAAGAGCCAACGUCCCCGAAAUCGCCAUCCCCUCCCGCCGCCGGGCCCUCGUCGUCAUCCCACAGUCGCUCGUCUCAUAGCCGCGGAUCGUCAAUGGUUGAUUCGUUUAAGCAUCAGCAAGCAUCUUCUCUGUCGUUGUCGAGUGGCGGCGGGUCCAUAUUCAGCUCCAGCUCCGACAAGAAAAAGAAGAGCAGCAGCAGCAGCAAGACCAAGGGCAAGAGGAAGCCCUUCAACCUAGAAGCCGAAAAGGAGCAGAUGAAGUCUGUCAUUGCAGAGUCGUCGCUGGCAGCAACGAACCUGCUCAACGUGCUGCAGACAAUCAACCGUGAAAAGGAGCGUAUUUCCGAGAACAACCUGGCCGUCGAACGAUUUGAAUCUUGCAAGCUUCUCCGUAGAAAGGUGUUGCGCUUUAUUCAUCACGUCGACCAUGAACAGUGGCUAGGUCCACUCCUCCACGCCAACGACGAACUUGUUCGCGCUCUCAUGACCUUUGAGCAGCUCGACCAGUCCGUCGAUGCCGACAGUGACUCGGAUGACGAACUUGCAGAGCAAGCUCACUUAUACAGAAGAAAAGAAGAAUUAGCUGCCAAAGAGGCCACGACCUCCCCAACCCGGGCCGAGCACCCCGACAUCGCCGGUCUGAACAUCAACUCGUCCCCAAGAGCGACCCCGCCCCCUCGGCCUGCCUCGAAGCCUGCCUAUUCAGCGCCGCCGAUACCACCGCCGCUGCCAUCGAACCCCCGACCUACGGCCCAGCAGAGACAGGGCUCGUACUUGUCAGACGAGGAGGAUGAUGACGAUCCGUUUGCUGAUAGAAACAUUGUU